UCAAAAUAAUUCAUCUAAGUGCCCUUAGGGUAUUUUGUGAUUUUGGAAUAGGCAACAAGAUCAGUUAAAAAAUCUAAAAAUAUCAGCGUCUCGACAGAAUGAAUUCAGAGAUAGAUCUAAGAUCUGCGGAGGACAAAACAUCCCCCAACUCCAUCUCAACGGAUUCCACAACCAUUGGGGAGACGUUACCAAGCCAAGCUUCGCCUGUGGCCAACUCAACCCCGAUACGCAGUACACUGCUGACCGGUGUGCGUACCCAUAUUUCUGUGGCCUGUGACUCUCCGUUUUUACGUCGCAUACCAAAAUCGUUUGCCCACAUCAAAGGUCGACCGGGUGUAAAUAGACAGCCUUCGGUUGCCUACCAAUCUCCGAAUCUUUUGCGUCGCAUACCCAGAACUUUUUCCCACAUCAAGGGACGAACAGGUAUAAAAAUGCCCCCAAAUGUCCACCCCAAUGCAAGACCUACUUCGAGUGCACAUGGAACCGAAGCAUCGCCACAGCCUCCUGAAAACGCUCCCUUUGAGCACUUGUUUGAAGCUGAAUUGGUAGACGUGGAAGUGCUUGGGUCAGCUGCUGAAACUCUUGGGUCGGCUGUGGAAGUCCUUGGAACAGCUAUGACACUCCUUGGAGAAGCUAGUGUCUCGGAGGGGCAGCGGAUGCCAGAGCCACAAUCCGUGCCGGCGACGGAGGAAAUGACAGAUAAAAGAUACGAAUACCCAUGUUCUAUAUCGUAAACGAAACCAAACAACAUUUAUAACAUUUAUUGAACACAGAAUUGUUGCUUGCUGUUGCCCAUAACACCACAUAAUGUACUAAAAAAUCAUUUAAUUAA